UGCGGUGAAAGAAAGGAAAACAGAAAAACUAGUAACUAAGUUUAAAGAGUGAAUCAUAAAUUUAAAACGUAAAGAACUUAAAAAAUUUUAUAAAAUUAAGACUUUGGCUUUUGAAAACAAAACGAACUAUUUAGUGAUAAAAGUGUUUUAUCUUAAAACAUAUAGUUUUAAAGUGUUUUUGGAAAAAUUUUAAGACAUUUUUAUAAAGCAUCAAUAAAAAUAUGGUCAUCAACACCCCACUCACUGUGCCUUGUGGCACUGCGAGUCCGCCGGCCACUCGCUCUCGGGUACAAAUCGAUUGGGACAUCAAUGACACAGUUGUACCCAUGGUUACAGAAUUCGAUGAGUUCCAUGAUUGGGCCAAUGGCCAUUGCCGCCUUGUUUACUCCAGCACGAGUGAGGAAGCCAAGAAACAUUCUUCCGGUUGGGCAAUGAGGAAUACCAAUAAUCACAAUAUCAACAUUCUCAAGAAAAGCUGCCUGGGAGUUCUACUCUGCAGUGCCAACUGUAAAUUGCCCAAUGGCAAUAGUGUACAUCUAAGGCCAGCCAUUUGCGACAAAGCCCGCCGGAAGCAACAAGGAAAAGCUUGUCCCAAUAGAAAUUGCAAUGGCCGCUUGGAGAUUCAAUCCUGCCGUGGACACUGUGGCUAUCCCGUUACCCAUUUCUGGCGACGUGCUGGCAAUACCAUCUUCUUUCAGGCCAAGGGUACCCAUGAUCAUCCACGCCCUGAGGCCAAAGGUUCCAGCGAGGCGCGCCGUCUUCUAGGUAGUGGGCGUCGUGCUCGGAGCUUGGCAGUUCUGCUAGCAAGAGAUGCUGCCCUUAAUGACAAGUUGACCAGCCUGAGAACGGGCAAAAGACAAAAUCAUAAAAUGGAUGCCAACUUGAAUGGAUCAAUGAACCCAGCACACAAAAAGAAACGGCCUAUGAGGGAAUUAACCCAAAAUACCAACAGCAAUGCGCAUUUGGUACAGAACUCCUAUAAUAAUCCUGUAACAGAGGUACCACAUUUUGAUCAAGGUCUGCAAAAUCAAUGGCUGCCUGAGAUUAACAGCCCUCUCUAUACCAACAAUGUUACCACCACAUCCACAACCUUGCCCGAAUUCAACUACAGCCCCAGUCAAAUUUCUUCGUUGGAGCAACAGACUUAUAACAUUCAUUAUGAAACUCCCGCCUCAUGCCUUAGCUCACCUCAAUCAUCCACCUAUUCUUAUGCUCAACAAUAUUCACCCAAUAAUUCCGCUAUAGAUGAAGGCCUAAUGGCUGUAACCCCCAAUGCAGUGUACAAUCAACAGCUUCCAGCAGUUGCUUCCGAGUUCUCACCUUUGGACAAUAAGAAAUGGCUUUAUGAGAGCUGUGAUGAUGCCUCCAGUCUCACCAGUAGCUCCGGCUACAAUUCCGAUGAUUAUUACUACUCCUCCUAUGUAUCACCCAGCUUGAAUGUCUUUGAGUCCUCAACAACUGUUUCAUCUUCCCUGAGCAAGGAGAUGCCUCAACAACAAGCUCAGCUUCCUAGUCCUACCUACUAUAGCUCAGGCUCACCCACAGCCACCGAUAUUUAUCAGAGUGUCUUUGAAGCUGACCUACCCUCGACAUUGUAUGGUAGCACCGCGGCUGAUAACAACUACCAGACCAGCAUCAAUCACUCGGAGUUUGGUGAUAACAUGCUUAAUCAUGCACCCCAACAGCAACAAUAUCAGGUCUUAUCCAACUACACUUCCGAUGUUGGUGCAGGCAAUGCUGCCGUUGGACAAACGGGAACCGAUUUCUAUUACAGCAAUUCGGGUGGUGAUAAUGGCGGAGAGUGGAAUAUACAAAUGGAGAACUCCUCAACGGCCAUGUAUAGUCAACAUCAUCAUCAACAGCUACAGCAAAUGGAUAGUCAAGUGUUAACUCAGCAACAGCAGCAUGUAUUGCCCUCACUCUCCGCGGGAGUUUUUUAAUAAAACCUUAAACGCUAA